UCAUAUCUUUUAUACUGUUAUUAAAAAAAUUCAUGAAUAUUAUUAUUUGGUUUUCUUUAACUGCGAAAAAAUGAAGGCCGUGUAUAAUCUGCUCUUCACCUUAGUGGUCAUUUUUGAAUCUAUUGUAGGUGCAAGUUGUUUUCAAAUUACUCGUCGAGACAUCGUUGAAGUAAAAAUGGAGGAUAAUUCUAGUUAUAGAGGAAGCAUCGAUCCAAUGGCUUUUGGGAUGGCACGCACCUGGUUAAACCCUUCUAGAACGGCAAAUAUUACAAGUUAUCACGUUUAUGUACGAUUGUUUACAAAUCAUCAGUACAAAUCGGAACUCAUCCCAGUUAAUGUCCUUUCUGGUCAUGAUCCUCGUCAGCAUCGUCCAACAUACGCUGAACUACGUUACAUUGAUGACGAAUAUUAUACAGCUUCAGAUUUCCAAUUAUACCAUUACGAUCCUCAAGAACUCCCACCUAUUUGCCGCAUUUAUGUAAUAAUGCCAGGAGGCUCUGUCUAUAGUUCAUCGUUAGAUAGCCCGCUGAUUUAAAUUUAGAGAGUGCUAAUUCCUACAGCAAGAGUUAUCCAUGGGACAUCCGAUUUAUCUCCUCGGAUAUUGUAAUAUAUCUGAGGAUAUGAUUAAUUGUCAAAUUAAAAGGAAACUUAAAUUCCUAAUAAUAUAAAAUAAAAGUUAAAACUCUUAA